UUCGACUCAGGCCUUGGCAUGAUGACAGGCAUGAACCCCAUGAUGCCCGGCCUUGGUUACGUGCCCCCACCCCCCCUGCCCCAUGAUCUACCCAUCGUUAAGGAGAUCAUUCACUACCAGAGCUGCACCCUCUUCCCCCCAAACCCAAAUCUUCCCUUUCCGGCCAUGAGGGAGCGCCCUCCCGGCUGUAAGACUGUGUUUGUGGGUGGUCUGCCAGAGAACUCCACUGAGGCGCUCAUUGUGGAGGUAUUUGGCCAGUUGGGGGAGAUCAUCGCAAUCCGGAAGAGCAAGAAGAACUUCUGCCAUAUCCGAUUUGCCGAAGAGUUCACUGUGGACAGAGCCCUCUUCCUGUCUGGCUACCGUAUGCGUCUGGGCUCCAGUACAGACAAGAAGGACACAGGGCGGCUCCAUGUGGACUUUGCCCAGGCCAGAGACGACUUGUAUGAGUGGGAGUGUCGUCAGCGCCUGUAUGCCAGAGAGGAGAGACACCGCAGGAGGAUGGAGGAGGACCGUUUCAGACCCCCCUCCCCUCCACCCAUCGUCCAUUACUCAGACCACGAGUGUAGCCUGCUGGGCGACAAGAUCAAAGAUGAGGCAGCGUUUGCGGCGGCGGUGCACGUGCUCCUGACCUGGGUGGAACGCGGUGAGGUGAACCGUCGUAACGCCAACAACUUCUACUCAAUGAUCCAGUCGUCCAACAGCCACAUCCGCCAGCUGAUGAGUCAGAAGGCCGCCCACGAGAAGGAGUUGGAGGUGGCCAAGGACAAGUUCAAGACCGCCCUGUCUGGCAUCCUGGCACAAUUUGAGCAGAUUGUGUCUGUAUUCCACGCUGCUUCCAAACAAAAGGCAUGGGACCAUUUCUCCAAAGCUCAACGCAAGAACCUGGACAUGUGGCGCAAGCAAGCAGAGGAGAUCAGAAACAUGCAAAAUGAAGAGCUGAUGGGGAUCAGACGAGAAGAGGAGAUGGAGAUGUCUGACGAUGACAUGGAGGAUACACACGAUCCUGACGACUCAGGCCCUGUGGCCCAGGUGGAGGCCCUAAAGGAAGAGAAUGACUCUCUGCGCUGUCAGCUGGACGCCUACAGGAACGAGGUGGAGCUGCUGAAGCAGGAGCAGGGCAAAAACCAAGAACACACACCUCCACAACACAGUGAAGAGGACACCAUCAGGCAGCAACAACUAACCUUUCUACAACAGGCACUGCAGGGAAUGCAGAAGCAACUGCUGAAAAUGUGUGAAGAAAUGAAACAGAGGGAGGCAGAGUUGGAGAAGAGUGUGGAGGACAAACAGCAGCUGGAGAGCCAAGUACAGAGCCUCAAGGAAGGACUGGAGAGUCUGAAGAAAACACGCAUACCACAGCUGGAGACAUCACCGCGAGAUGACAGAGGGAGCGAGGAGAGUGCUGAUCAAGUCAGUCUGGAGACAUCACCGCAAGAUGACAGAGGGAGCGAGGAGAGUGCUGAUCAAGUCAGUGAGGCGACAGCAUUAGAAGUGGUUUCCUGCAGUCAGGAGAAGGAGAGUCUGCCCCCAGAGAAGAUUCCCUCUAGUCCGGUUUACUCUGAGCGAGAGGCCUUGCUCGUUGGGAUCAUCUCUACGUUCCUCCAUGUCCACCCGUUUGGAGCCAGCAUCGAAUACAUCUUCUCUUACCUACAGCAGCUGGACACCAAGAUAAACACCGGACAGGUGGGGGCUCUACUGGGUCGGCUGCCCUGUACCUUCAGACAGGAGCUGACAGGGGUGGGUGCCAGCCUGGAGAAACGCUGGAAGUUCUGUGGUUUCGAGGGAAUCAAGACCACAUAGAGCAUUACAGAGGCACAGCUGAUAUCACAGAGACACAGCAUAGAGAUCUGACGGUCUUAUGAGGAUAUUGUUUUAUGGGGACCGGCACUGGUCCCUUAGCUGUUGCUCACCAGUCCCUGUGAUGGUUAACUGAUCUUGAUUUAGUCCGUUCUUAAGUGCUAGUUAUAAUGUAAACAGUUUUCUGGUCCCUGUCACAAAUAAGGUUGAGAAACACUGGCAUAGAACUCUUGACUGUAUUAUGAAGACACAGAAGUAACAACAUAGAACUCAGACUGUCCGUCACAUGAGCGGGUCGGACCGUUCUCAGAACCUCUAAUUGGUUAACUCUGCUGUCACUCAGCCAGGACUACUACCCAGUGAGGUUAUCAGGGUCUGCUGAACACUGUCAACCUCCAACCCCUCUGGCCUCUCACACUCUUUUCUUUCCUUGUUUGUACAAUUCUAUGAGUAAAAAUGAAUAUAUUUCUUCAUUUUCUGUAAAGGCUGUUGAAGGGAUACUUCUGGGUUCUGGCAACGAAACUCUUUCUCUACUUCACCAGAGUCAGAUGAACUUGUGGAUACCAUUUUAUGUCUCUGUGUGCAGUUUGAAGGCAUUUUCUAAGUGAUGCUAGCGCAAUGACUGGAAGGCUAUGGGUAUCUUCUAGCUAGCAUGCUAGUAGAUAUCCAUAGCCUUCCCGUCAUUGCGCUAGCUAGAGGUAGUUAGAGGUAGUUUUGUAAGCCAAUGCUAACUUCCUUCGUACUGGACUCGAAGACAUAAUACUGGUAUCCACAAAUUCAUCGGAUUCUGGGGAUGUAGAUAAAGGGCCUCAUUGCCAAAAUACUGAGGUAUCCCUAUAACAGUUGCAUAGAUUGAUUUGUUUUCCUACUCUGUAAAUGCUUGGAUGAUAUUUUUAAAUAAAAAAUCAAAGCAA